AUGGCCACCGCCACCAAGGCCACCCUCGCCACCAUCGCCACUAUCGCCACCGUUACCAGGGCCACGCACUAUCGCCACUACCACCCUGGCUACGCAAGGAUGACUCGCGUACCUGCCUUCUCUUACAUUGAAGAUACGUUGAAUGUCUACGAUAAAUACCUUGAACGGCCAGUUGAGAUGGAGCAUGUGGCAUACGUCGAGUUUCUUAAGAACUGGAACUUCAAGGCACGGAAUUCCGAAUCCCUUAAGGUGGAGUAUGUGGCAGUCUCCUACUCGAUCUAG